AGAACUCCCCAUCUUCCAUGCUGGCUGGGCCUGCAGGUGCUUGAAGAUGAUACGUCGCCUCUUAAUAGCCUUUUCUGCAGGCCCAAUAUAUCCAGCUCCUCCAGUCUCGGAAUUGUAGAGUGAGGAACCCAAAGGGACAUCUAGUCUGACCCUCUGGAGUGCAGUCUUUGGCUCAGGGUUCCUCAUCUCCGACGGUCACCCUCCUCUGGAUGCCUUCUAUUUUGUCAGUCACCUUAAAAUGAAGGGUGCAGAAGGGAGGUCUGACCAAAGUUAAUUUAUAGAUAAAUUUUAAAAAAAUUAAAUAGAAAUCCUUAACAGAAAUGGAAGCAGCCAGUGAAAUGGUAUAAUGGGGAAUAAAGAGACUGCUGCUGAGCAGUGAACUGAGGGGGAGGUCCCAAAGCCCUUAUCCAGGGGUGUCCCCUGGAGACUUCAAGGUCAGUACCAUGGAGGGGAGUCAUUGCUUCCUGGCCAACAAUAACCAACAUGUACCACUGAGAUGUAGCAGCUCCCAUGCCUCUGUUGUCCUGCAACAUCCAGGGCUUUUUUUCAACCAUAACUCACCGGACUCAGUUCCGGCACCUCUCAGGUGGGCACCAUUGCCUCUAUAAGAGAACAAGGGAGGCGUUCACGCAGUUGGUGAGGGCAGUUUCUGCUCUUAGGCAACACUGCAUUGCCAACAUCUUCCAGAACUUAGUGCCUACCUAGCCCAAAUUCUACAAUGCAGGAUUUAGUCAAUGGCUGUGGAGAGAUGCAUACUCACUGUUAGGACACUGGAAGCUCCCUUCUCAGUGAACUGUUUCCUCCCAGACCACUAAGGCAUUAUUUAAAGACUCUCUUUGAUAGCAGACUGCAUUGGUGGCAGUUACUUCCAAUGCAGAGGGCUGUAGGAUCAUAUGAUGAUGUGCACUGAAGUAUUCUGUGUCAAACUUCAGUCCAGGAAGAAGGAAACGGAGAGAAAGAAGAUAUCAUUGUUUCUUCAGUAAAACUAGCAUCCUGCAUUUCUUCUAUGAAAGUAAAAGUUUAGAAACUACCAGCAGCAAAUUGGGAGCCUGAAGCCAUUUUAUUUAUACAAGACGAUAAACUGCCUUCAUCCAGCAAAGAAAGUGCCUUCAGCAGGUGAUGAGACUGAAAAUUAUGGCAUAUAUGGAAAAGGGUUCUUUUCCUCUCCCUUCCACCUUAUGACACAAUUCAAAUGUAUCUCUGAUGAAAGAUGUAUGCAAGCAGUUAAAGGGACUCAUAGAUCUUUUGGUUGCUGAACCCUGCCCCUAGCUUUAAGCUCCAACGUUCCUUGGUGGGGGUGCUGAAGAAGAUUAAAAUUCUUUAAAAAACAAAACAAACAGACAGACAAACAAAUAAAAACCUUCUAAGAAUCAGAAGAGAAAAUGACUCAGGAACUUGACCUCGGCGUACUAAAGGGAUUGGAACGACAAGUUGUUUUAGAUGUCCUGAACCGUGAUCAGACGUUGAGGAAGGUGGACGAAGAACGAAUAAGGAAACUGAAGCUGCAGCUGCAGGAACUUCGAUGGAAAGGGACAAAAACCACAAACCUGGAAUAUAAGUCUUGUGCCCGCUGUCAGAAACCUCUUGGAGUGCUAAUCAACAGAGGUGCAGUGUGCAAUGGGUGCAGUCACCAAGUAUGCUCCAGAUGUCGCAUCACUUUGAAUCGCUACCUGUGGAAAUGCACCGUCUGCUACGCUCAUGAGGAACUUAAAGUGAAAGCAGGCGAGUGGUUCUUUGAGCAGCGAUCAAAGAAAUUUCCAGCUGAAGGUAGAUAUGAAACUGCUGGGGCAAAGCUCUUGGACUCUUAUCAAGCACUACUAAGUAACAUAUCAGUGGUGCCUCCAACUCCCCCUCCAUUUGCUGAAUCCACAAGUGAACAUAAUACAGUGGAACUUGACCAGAGUAAAAGUUUCCACAGGUCUAUGGAAAAUCUGUUUCUGACAUUUACAUCACAUAUAAAAAAAAUAUCAAAGUCCCAGAAUGAUAUGACAGCCGAGAAAGGGUUGCUAACAACAGAUUAUGGGCAAGCAAUGGAUCCAAAGAAGGAGAGGAGAAGCCUGUCUGACACUGCCAUUGAUAUUUCAUCCAGGGUAAAUGAUGCCCCAAGUCUUCAACGGCUCGUAAGUGGAGAUCAAGGUGUCAAUGGAGUUGCUGCCAAAAGGAAAUCCAGUGAAGAGCUGAUUCCAUCCAGUGCCAUAAGUGACCUAUUUUCUUCAGGAAAACUAAGUGGUAGUUUAUUCAGCAUUAACAGCACUUGCACUGAGGCUGGCAACUUUGAGCAAGCUGAUGUCAGCGGUGACAUAGAAGUUGCCAUCAGAUAUCUCUUCAAAUCUGGUAUUUUAGAGGUAUAUAUCAGAGCCUGCAAGAACUUGGCUUAUGGAGAGGAGAAAAAGAAAAAAUGCAAUCCGUACAUCAAGACUCACUUGCUGCCUGAUAAAUCUUCUCAGAGUAAACGGAAGACCUCUGUGAAAAAGAACACAUUGGAUCCAACCUUCCAAGAAACAUUAAAGUACAAGAUUGAAUACUCGCAGCUGGAAACUCGACAACUGCAAAUAUCUGUAUGGCAUGCUGGAACUUUUAGACAUCGAGUAUUCCUUGGAGAAGUGGUGAUCCCAUUUGAAUCUUGGGAUUUUGAAGACAGUUCAACUCAGUCAUUCAGCUGGUAUCAACUCAAAGCAAAGCCCGAAAAGCUUGGAGAUAAUGUACUCCAGUACAGUGGAGAACUUCGGGUGCGUGCAAAGCUGGUUUCACCUUCCCUACGUAACAAGUUCCAAUAUGGGGUGGAACACAGAGCACAUCCUGAGUACCAGCUUCAACUUCUAGUUCUUGGAGCCCACAACUUGCCUAUGCUAAGACCUGAUAGCCUAUUGAACACAUUUGUUAAAGGCUGCCUUUGUAUCCUGGGGCAACGUGACUUAAAACAAAGGACUCCUGUGCUGAAGAAACAAGCCCAGCCACAAUGGAACCACUUGUUUGUCUUUAAUGGGGUUACCACAUCUCAGCUGCAGCAAUCUUGUCUGGACUUAACUGUCUGGGAUCAAGCAUCGUUUGGUUUACGUGAUCAGUUCUUGGGCGGUGCAAGACUCGGAAAACAAACAUCAACCGGUACAGUGGAUGCAACCUCCCAAGCAUGUCUUCAGUGGGAAAAGAUGCUCAGCAGCCCAGACACAUGGACAGACAUAGCACUUUCACUGUAUCCUAAUGCUCCUGCCUUUAAAUUCUGAAUGUCUCUUGCCUUAACAACAUAUGGAAAGCUAUGUGUAGCACUGGUCAAUGCCUGCUCAGACAAGUAUGGUAUGCCAGUUAUUUUAACCCCAAGAAAUGUAAACAAUGAAUGAAAAGAACAAGAAGGGAACAGCUUUACUGAUCUCUGUGUAUGUCAGGAGCUUCACAGCAAGUCAGACUGUGCAUGUGUGAAAGAACCUCAGAUCCACAAAUACAAGAAGUGUUAACUGCAAAUUUAGAGUUCACCUAUUUCUCUGGGAAACUAGUUGGGUAUCUUAGCCAGAGCAGCAGGCAUGAUUUCCUGGCACAAUUCAAGCAAUAGCAAGGUUAGACUGGGAAUUUAAUGCAGCUGUUGAUGAACUAUUUCAUGGUUGCCUCUCUUUUUGCAAACUCCAAAGGCUAGGACUAAGCAAUGCAAGAACGUUUGCUGUAACACCCUUGUUCAUUUUCACUGCUGCCUGCUUCUCUCUCUCAUAAUCAGCCCAAACCUUUUUCUUUCUCCAUUCUACUUUGACAGUCUCAGCUUUGUUCUCCUAAAUCAAUCUGGCUAUGCCUGUAAAUUCAGCAGCACUGUGCACCAAUUACUUGAGAUGAUGUCUAUAGCUGCAGCCAAUAUAUGUCAGCGUCUGGACAACCUAUUCUUUCUGCUUGUCAGCGUCAAAGAACAGAACUCCUCCAAUGAAAGUUUGAGAUAAAUCUUUGAUUUAUUGGUAUCUGUAAUCUACAGAAGUAAAAGAAAACCCCAAUGUAUGGCAUUUUAUCUAUGCAUGUAAUUAGUUGGGCUAGGGGAAACAAGCACACACAUGUAUCCUUUUUGGAGGGUUGUUUUUGUAAACCACUUAUUUCUUUAACUGGAAAAUACCACAAAGGGUGUUUUGCUUAGUUCCACAGACAGUGGUACCUUGGUUUAAGAAUAGCCCUGUUUACAAACUAUUCCAUUUACGAACUCCGCAAAACCGGUAGUGUCCUGGUUUGUGAACUUUACCUCGGUCCAAGAACGGAAGUCGAACGGUGGAAAUGCACCGGUGGCAGGAGGCCUCAUUAGGGAAAGCGCGCCUCAGUUUAGGAACGGAUUAAGUUCAUAAACCAAGUUACCACUGUAUAGCUGCCCAGUACUGUUGAGCCAAUUAAUUUAGUAUUAUCUACCCUAACAGGCAUCUGCUCCCUAGUGUCUAAGGAAAUCUAAGGGUCUUUUAACCAGAUAUGCAAGGGACUUAAUUUAUUGUGAUAAAAUGGAGGGUGAGGGAAACAGGAUAUGUCACAGUCAUAAAAUAAAUUAAUAAUACAAUCACUACAA